AUGAAACGAGCUCUAGUAUCUCUUGUUCGACAACGGGCACUUGCUCGGGGUGUUGAAUCAGCAAAAUAUCUUGGAAAUAGUCAUGUUUUGGCUCUAUCAGCUACUCGACCAAUGUCAACAUCAUCAGCACGCUGUGCAGCUGCCCAAUCAGCUCAAUCAACACCAGAAGUUUCGUCUAUUCUUGAGCAGAAAAUUCUUGGUCACCAAUCGAAACAAGAUUUAGAAGAAACUGGCCGUGUCUUAACCAUUGGUGAUGGUAUUGCUCGUGUUUACGGUUUAAAAAAUAUCCAAGCCGAAGAGAUGGUGGAAUUCUCCAGUGGCUUGAAGGGUAUGGCUCUCAACUUGGAGCCUGACAAUGUUGGUGUUGUCGUCUUUGGUAACGAUCGUUUAAUCAAGGAAGGUGAUAUUGUUAAACGAACCGGUGCUAUCGUCGACGUGCCCAUUGGUGAUGAGCUCCUUGGCCGUGUUGUUGAUGCUCUCGGUAAUCCAAUCGAUGGCAAAGGUCCAUUAAAUACGAAAAAACGAGCUCGUGUCGGAGUUAAAGCACCCGGUAUUAUUCCACGUAUAUCUGUACGUGAACCUAUGCAAACAGGUAUGAAAGCCGUCGACAGUUUAGUACCCAUUGGUCGAGGUCAACGAGAAUUAAUUAUUGGUGAUCGUCAAACUGGUAAAACUGCUGUUGCUAUUGAUACAAUCAUCAAUCAAAAACGUUUUAAUGAUGCUGGAGAAGAAAAGAAAAAACUCUAUUGUAUUUAUGUUGCUAUUGGACAAAAACGUUCUACCGUAGCCCAACUUGUCAAACGACUUACCGAUGCUGAUGCUAUGAAAUAUUCAGUUAUUGUCGCUGCUACUGCUUCAGAUGCAGCUCCAUUACAAUACUUAGCACCAUAUUCAGGUUGUGCUAUGGGUGAACAUUUUCGCGAUACAGGUCGACAUGCUUUGAUCAUCUAUGACGAUCUUUCCAAACAAGCCGUUGCCUAUCGUCAAAUGUCACUCUUAUUGCGUCGUCCACCCGGUCGAGAAGCUUACCCAGGUGAUGUCUUUUAUCUUCAUAGUCGUUUACUUGAACGUGCUGCUAAAAUGAAUGACAGUCACGGUGGUGGUUCAUUGACAGCUUUACCAAUCAUCGAAACUCAAGCUGGUGAUGUGUCAGCUUAUAUCCCAACAAACGUCAUUUCGAUUACAGACGGUCAAAUCUUUUUGGAAACUGAAUUGUUUUACAAAGGUAUUCGACCAGCUAUCAACGUCGGUUUAUCUGUGUCACGUGUCGGUAGUGCUGCCCAAACCAAAGCCAUGAAACAAGUUUCUGGUAAAAUGAAACUCGAAUUAGCCCAAUAUCGUGAGGUCGCUGCUUUCGCCCAAUUCGGUUCGGAUCUCGAUGCUGCUACUCAAUCCUUACUUAAUCGCGGUGUUCGACUUACUGAAUUACUCAAACAAGGCCAAUAUGUUCCUAUGGCUAUUGAAGAACAAGUAUGCGUUAUCUAUGCUGGUGUCCGUGGUCAUUUAGAUAAACUUGAUCCAUCGAAAAUCACAAAAUUCGAACAGGCCUUCUUACAACAUUUGAAAGGACAACACAAAGAUAUCCUUGAAUCAGUCCGUUCCAAGAACGAAAUUACGCCCGAAACGGAUGCUAAAUUGAAAGAAAUUGUUCAAAAUUUUGUAGGUUCAUUCAAAGCUUAG